AUGGCCAACGCGCUCAAAGACCAGGGCAACAAGGCCUUCCAGGCCAAGGACUACGACAAGGCGAUCGACCUCUUCUCCCAGGCGAUCGCGCUCGACCCAAAUAAUUUCGUGCUCUUCUCGAACCGGAGUGCGGCGAAGGCGGGAAAGCGUCAGUACUCCGCCGCACUCGUGGAUGCUGAGCAGUGCAUCAAGAUCAAUCCCGCAUGGUCGAAGGGCUACGCGCGCAAGGGUGCAGCCCUCCAUGGACAACGCCGCUACGACGAUGCCGUCGCAGCGUACGAGACUGGCCUGAAGCUUGAGGACAGCCCCGCACUAAGAAAGGGUCUGCAGGAGGUGAAGGACGCGAAGGCGUCCGACGAGCGCGGCGACGGCGCAGACGCGCUCGGCCUGGGCAAGAUGUUCGGCGACCCCAACCUGAUCGGCAAGCUCGCUGCAAACCCGCGCACCGCGAAGCACCUCGUAGACCCGGGGUUCGUGGAGCAGCUCCGGAUGCUCCAGAGGAACCCGAGCCUCGCGCAGGGCGCCCUCAACGAUCCCCGCAUGAUCGACGUGCUCGGCGCGCUCAUGGGCAUCGACAUGCAGGGCUUUUCGCGCGAGGAGGGCUCCGACGAGCUCCCGCCCGGCUACCAGAAGGCGGAGCCCGAGCCCACCCCCGCGCCCAAGCCUACGUCUCCCCCGCCGCAGCCCGCUGCGUCGUCGAGCAAGGCGCGAGAGCCACCAAAAUCGGAGGACGUGAAGAUGGCGGACCCUGAGGAGGACGAUGAGGACGCGAAGACGCGGAAAGAGGCGGAGGCAGAGAAGAAGCUCGGUGCUGAGGCGUACAAGGCCAAGAAGCUGGACGAGGCGGCUGUGCACUUCCAGAAGGCUUGGGACAUCUGGCCACAAGACAUCACCUUCCUCACGAACCUCGCAGCCGCGUACUUCGAGCAGGGCGAGUAUGACAAGUGUAUCGAGGCGUGCGACAAGGCGGUCGACGAGGGCCGCUCGCUCCGCGCUGACUACAAGCUCGUCGCGAAAGCACUCGGGCGCACGGGCAACGCGUACGCCAAAAAGGGCGACCUGCCGACCGCGAUCAAGUUCUACAACAAGUCGCUCACGGAGCACCGCACGCCGGACGUCCUCGCGAAGCUGCGCGAGGCGGAGCGCACGCAGGCGGAGGCGGCGCGGCUCGAGUACAUCGACCCGGAGAAGGCCGCGCAGGCGCGCGAGGAGGGCAACGCGCUCUUCCACAAGGGCGACUUCGCGGGCGCGGUGAAGGCGUACACGGAGGCGAUCAAGCGCGCGCCGACCGACCCGCGCGGGUACAACAACCGCGCGAACGCGUACACGAAGCUCGUCGCGCUCCCCGAGGCGCUCAAGGACACGGACGAGGCGAUCAAGGUCGACCCGACGUUCGUGAAGGCGUACGUCCGCAAGAGCCACGUCCUGUUCGCGAUGAAAGACUUCACGAAGGCGAUCGAGGCGAUCCAGCGCGCGGCGGACGUGGACACGGAGAAGAAGCACGACAGGGAGAUCCGCGAGCAGAUGACGAGGUGCGAGAUGGAGAUGUACAACCAGCGCGCGGGCGAGAGCGAGGAGGAGACACUCCAGCGCGCGAUGCGCGACCCGGAAAUUGCGAGCAUCAUGGGCGACCCUAUCAUGCAGUCCAUACUCCAGCAGGCACAAGGCGACCCUGCAGCACUACAGGACCACAUGAAGAACCCCGCCGUCCGCAACAACAUCAUGAAGCUGAUCAACGCGGGGAUCAUCAAGACACGAUAA